AAGAUGUUUAAUUUCAGACGCAUUAGUCUUAUUCCUUUCGUUACCUGUCACUUUUGUAUGAUACAUAUUAAAUAUUAACUUUGUUUCUAACCACAAAUGCUACUAAUACAUUACCCCUACUCUCACAUGGAAUGAAGCAUAUUCACAUUUCUUGUUUCACAAGUACCUUCUCAAUAACCCUCCUUGAUCUCUACUCAAGGAACACCACAAGAUAUCUCAACUCCAACAUCUUCUUAUAACUGAUUUAUCUUUAAGAUCGAAUCAAACAAAAACAAAAGCCUAGGAGAGAAAAUGGGAGAUCAAGGAGUACAACAGAUGCAGCAGCCUAUUGUUGUGUAUCCAAACGCUUACAAUAAACAGUAUCCAGACCCAUCUUCUUCUAAAAAACCUUCUUCUUCCUCUGGCUCAAGCGGAAACUUUGGGACGGUCUUCAUAGUCCUAGCCGUUAUCUUUGUCUUGUCGGCUCUGGCUUGUGUCUUUGGGAGGCUAUGUAACCGUGAAAGUCGUGCGGCUAAGCAGCAACAUAGCAAGCAACCAAAGCAUGAUAAAGCUUCUUCCAAGAAGAGCCGUGAGAUUCGUCCUGUGGAGCGUGAGCCGAGGGAGAGAGGUGAUAUGGAGUUUGGGUUUGAAAUGAAACGGCCUGAGCCAAUUGAGAAACCUUCGGGAAGAGACGAUGAAAGACAUAGAGAGGACAUAGAAUUCGGAUUUGAUAACAAGAGAGGAGAAAGAGGCGAAGGUAGAGGCGGAGGAGGACCACCUCCACCGAGUAUCAAACAUGCAGUGAGGUUUAAGCUACCGGAAAAUGGAGAACAUCAUUCUAAAGGAGAGAUCAGACGUGGAGGUCCUGACUUCGAGUUCCGACCAGGACACUAAUGAUCUUAAUUUAUCUAAGAACAAACUACUCUAUGUUUAUGUCUUAAUUGCUUCCUCACUUUUAUUUCUUUUGUGCCUUUUUCUUUUCUGGUUUGAUUCGUUUUCCUUCUUAUUGGUAUGGAUCUUAGAGCUGAAGCUAUCAAACUUCUUAUAGUCUCUUGGUGUGAUGUAUAAAGUAGACUCUCUACAUAUCAAAGGUACUAAAUAAAAUCCAUAAUAUUUUCUAAGUAUAUUUUGUAAGAAUCAACAAAUUUAUAGAAGAACGUUCUUAUCA